AUUGAGGAUAUUUACAAAUUAUUUGGAUUCGGUAUUUGGUUACGUUCAAUGCACGCUUUGCUCUUAUUUUGUUUAGUUAAUCGAAAUAGCGAAAGUGAUUCGUACAAGCCUCCAUAACACAACAACAACAACAACAAUAAUAAUCUUUGCAAACAAGUUUUUGUGACCAAAACAUAUUUACUUCACCUGUUCAUCCGCUUGGCCUAGAGUACUAAAUUCGGCAAAUCACACACAGUUUUGUUUAUCUAAACAACAAAAAAUUACAUCUGCACGAUGAUGUCACAUUCCGGGCAUAUUAUGACGUUGGCCAAUAGCAUUAUUGGAGUUGGCAUAUUGGCAAUGCCAUUCUGCUUUCAAAAGUGUGGUAUUGUACUAUCUGUAAUUUUGCUUAUAAUAAGCGGUUGGGUUACACGUAUCUGUUGUCAUUACCUCAUCAAAUCUUCUUUACUUACAAGACGAAAAAGUUUCGAGUUUUUAGGUUUCCAAGCCUUUGGAUCAUCUGGCAAACUGCUUGUUGAACUAUGUAUAAUCGGUUACUUACUGGGCACUUGUAUUACAUAUUUCGUUGUUGUCGGCGAUUUAGGACCACAGAUUGUCACCAAUUUAUUCACCCUACAGUAUGAAACUACGAAACUGCGAACAUGGAUUAUGAUCGCAGUAACCAUUCUUUGCAUUCUGCCAUUGGGUAUGCUAAAGAAUGUAGACAGUCUAUCCACAGUUUGCACAGCAUCUAUUGGUUUCUAUAUAUGUUUGGUGUUUAAAAUUAUUUUAGAAUCUGAAGCACAUAUAAUAGCAAAUGAUUGGUCUGAUAGUGUCGUAUAUUGGAAACCAGCUGGUAUUUUACAAUGUUUGCCCAUAUUUAGCAUGGCAUUAUCAUGUCAAAUGCAAUUAUUUGAAGUUUUUGAGAGCAUCAACAAUCAGAGUUUAGAAAAGCUAAAUGGUAUCGUUCGUAACGCUACUUGGAUUUGUACUUUUGUUUACAUUGCUGUAGGAUUCUUUGGUUAUGUGGCUUUUUGUACACAAUCCUUCUCAGGAAAUAUUUUAAUGAAUUUUUCACCAUCUUUCGGUAGUGAUGUGAUUAAAAUUGGUUUUGUGCUUUCUGUUGCAUUUAGUUUUCCAUUGGUUAUAUUUCCAUGCAGAGCAAGCAUAUAUUCACUACUUUAUCGCAAGGGUCAUUCUGAUGGUUUAGGCUACAUUCCCGAACAACGUUUUCGAAUUAUUACUGUAUUUAUUGUUAUAUUUUCGUUAUGUGUUGCAUUAAUGAUACCUUCGGUGGAACUUAUUAUUGGUUUAGUCGGUUCAACAAUUGGUGUUGUUAUAUGCAUAAUGUUUCCUGCGUCCUGUUUUCGGAAAAUAAUCAAGAAAAAUUCAACUGAACGAUCUCUUGCUCAAUUUAUACUUGUUAGUGGUUUUUGUUUAAUGAUUUUGGGUACGUAUGCCAACUUAAAUGCAAUAGAUGAAAAAAGUUCUGGAGCACAUUUGGGUCCAGUGGAUGUACAAUUAAAUAUGAAAAACCCUACUAAAACA